UGCAAAUAGACCUCUCGGCCCUCGCUCUGAUCUUAUCUCUCGCGCUCUCUGCAACUAAUCAAACUCGCUUCCUUUCCUCGAUCCCUUCUCGAACGAAACCACUCAAACUCGACAAAUUUCAGCUAAAUAUUUCAUUAUCAUUACUAAUUUGAAAUAAAUUUUCUUUUUUGAUCAUUUUUAGCAUAUCUUUAAGCCCUUGAUUGAUCUCAUGAUAACCACAAAGGCUCUCUCCAAGUUUUCUCGGAGUUGCAGUUUCUUACAUCAUCGUAAUUUUGUCCCAAUGAAACCCAUCUUAGAUGGCGCAACAACAAAUGAUAUGGCACCCACAAACUCUUUUUUAAAAGGUGUAAAUGAUACAAGAGAGGCAGUCUCUUGGAGUGGACAAACAAGAAGAAUGUCUCAAAGGGGUUUCUUGAAUCAUUCACGUUCAAUAUUGGGUUGGAAUUCUAUGGAAAUUGAUAAUGUUCAUGAUGCUUUGCGCUUGCCAAGUCGUCAUUUUAGUACUUAUUACAAUGACAAACUCAGAAGGGAAUCGACAAAUGAGCUUUUUAGCAGCAUUCCAGAAUAUGUGAAGAUAGUGGAAGUUGGUCCAAGGGAUGGAUUGCAAAAUGAGAAGGAUAUUGUACCUACUGCUGUUAAGGUUGAGCUGAUCAAAAUGCUAGCUUCUUCAGGGUUGCCUGUUGUUGAGGCCACGAGUUUUGUUUCCCCAAAAUGGGUACCGCAGCUAGCAGAUGCAAAGGAUGUAAUGGAAGCAAUCAGAGAUUUUAAAGGUGCUCGAUUUCCAGUCUUAACUCCUAAUCUAAAAGGCUUUGAAGCAGCUAUUGCAGCUGGAGCCAAGGAAGUGGCUGUCUUUGCCUCUGCUUCGGAGGGUUUCUCAAAAUCAAACAUCAAUUGCAGCAUUGAAGAUAGUCUUGUUCGUUAUCAUGAAGUUGCCCUCUCUGCCAGCAAGCUUUCAAUUCCUGUUCGUGGCUAUAUAUCAUGUGUUGUGGGGUGUCCUGUAGAAGGCAUGGUUUCUCCAUCUAAAGUUGCAUAUGUGGCCAAAAAGCUUUGUGACAUGGGAUGCUAUGAAAUUUCUCUUGGUGAUACAAUUGGAGUUGGUACUCCUGGCACUGUCAUCCCAAUGCUCGAAGCUGUUAUUGAUGUUGUCCCUAUUGAAAAGCUUGCUGUCCACUUUCAUGAUACUUAUGGGCAAGCUCUUUCAAAUAUUCUAGCAUCACUUCAAAUGGGGAUCAGCACAGUUGAUUCAUCAGUUUCUGGUCUGGGGGGUUGCCCAUAUGCUAAAGGUGCUUCUGGGAAUGUUGCCACUGAAGAUGUUGUUUACAUGCUCAAUGGUCUUGGGGUCAAGACCAAUGUGGAUCUGCAGAAGAUCAUGUUGGCUGGGAAUUUCAUCCGCAAGCAUUUGGGACACUCAUCUGGUUCAAAAACAGCAAUUGCCUUGAGCAAAAUCACAGCUCAUGCCUCCAAACUUUAAGAAUAUCUCGUUCUUAUCAAUGCUCAAAUCUUAGCUGACAAGAACAGCGCUUCUCAGCUCUUUCAAGACCCUCAUCUCAGCUGACAGCAACAUCGCCAAGUAAGCUCUUUCAAGCUGGUGGACCUGCAGAAUCUUCUUUGUAUCAUUUAGAAGUUGGGUAGGGUAACAUUCUUCAACUUCUCCCAUCACAUUGUCAAACUAUUCAAAUUUGAUAUAUUCUUUCCUUCAAAAGAAAGCAAGACCUUGAAUGACUGAAAAGGGACUAAAUUAUCAUUGUAAAGCACCUCGAUUUGAGGUUGAAAAGGAAGAUAUAGAAGAAACAAUAAAGACAACUUCCACAAA